UUCAAACGGCUCUCGGUUUAUUGUCUCCGUGGGCGAGUGAAGCGAGGCAACAGCUGCCGAGCAACAGGUGUCCCGGAGCGGAGCCGAGUCCCACUGGUCCCGGGAAUCAGCCUCCAGUCCCGGAUCGCCAUGCAGACCGAACCGGUGGAGCGGAGGAGGCAGCAGGGAAGGAGAACCGGGGUCAGAGCCGGUGUCAGCUGUGUCCGGGGCUCCGGGGAGGAGGUGGAGAGAUCCAAAACACACCUGAAGGAGGAGGAGGAGGAGGAGCAGCAGCAGACAGGCCGAGGAGCGCACAGGGCAGCAGCGAGGAGCAGGAGGAGGGCGGAGUCAGAAGGAGGCGGCUGUGAGGAGAAGACGAGGCUCAGGUGGAGAAUCAACCAGCUGGAGAAGGAGAAGCUGCUGCUGAAGUCCGAACACAACCAGGAGGUGUGUGUGCUGCAGGCUGAGCUGGCCCGCCUCCGCUUGGCGGUGGAGCAGGGCGAGGCUCAGGGGGCGGAGCUUCGCUACCAGCUAACGGCGUGCCGCCGGGACAACGACUCGCUCGCAGAGCGCCUCCAGCAGGACCAGCAUGCUUUGCAGCAGAACCUCCAGGAGCGGGACCGACUGCUCAGGAGCCGCGGCGCCGAGAACCGACGGCUCCGUCAGCGGCUGCAGGAGCAGCAGGAGGCACUGCAGGAGGCCGAGAGGAGGAGGGAGGAGCUGCUGCAGGCGGAGCAUCAGCAGUGUCAGUCUGACCUGAGCGCCGCUGUGGAAACCCUUAGGAGGAUGACCUCUGACCUGGAGGCCGAGGCCAGAGGACACGCCCACACCCAGACACUGCUGCAGCAGGCUGUCCAGGCUCAGCAGGAGACUCAGGACGUCUUCCUGAACGUCCUCACUCAGAUCUCAGAGGCUCUGCAGCCUGACGGCCCCGCCGGAGCCGCAAGGCAUGAUGGGAAACCUGCAGCCGCCGAGGUGACCGCGCAGCUGAGGACCACCCUGAAGACAUACCGGGAGGAGAGCAUGCUGGGUAACUUCACCUGGCAGGAGCUCUGUGACGUCAUGAGCGAGCAGGUGGAGCAGCUGACCUCUGACCUCCGGGCAGCCAAGGAGGAGGCCACGCCCACUGCCGGCGCCGCUGGCUCUGCCAGCAGAAAGCCCUGCUGA